AUGAUCAUCAAGACGACAAUAUUAUUGUUAUUAGUACAGUAUUCAAUGUGUGGAGGACAUGAAAGUACAACAAAUGUAUCUUCACAGAACGCAACAAAUAAAGUAAAUAUUACAACUGACAAUGUAUAUCAAACAAUACGCCAAGCAAAUGAAUCAACAGACGUGGUAUCUCAACCAACAACAGAUAGGGUUUACCAACCAACAUACGAAGUAAAUGAAACAAUGGGCGAGAUAUAUGAAACAACAACAGACGUAAUAUAUGAAACAACAGACGAAGUAAAUGAAAUGACAAGUAAUAUGAAUGAAACAACAGAAAUCAUAAAUGGUGAACAGAAUACAACACUGACUGAGAUAAAUGAGACAACUUCUUCCCAACCUGCUUUGCAAACUACUUUAGCAUCACUAAACAGUGUAUUUCCAUCUUCAACAGUGUCUAAUCUAACUACUCGUUCUUCGUAAUAUUCUGUCUUCAAUAUCAUGGACGAACUUUGAAUGAUUUAAAUGAAC